AGAGAGGGAGGGAGCCCCUCACCCAGUCCCCUUCAGCCUAACAGACAGCUUUGAGUUUCUUGGCACAGGGUGAUAAAGAACGGAGAGAAAGAGAGAAGAGGGAGAGGACAGAACAGGGCCCUUCUAGCCCUCCCACUCCUUAGUGAGCCAGUCUAAAUCAUGCUGCUUAUCAGCACUGUUCUCUGAAUGAUAUGUUGGUCCGACAGACUGGGACGGAGAACUCCAAGCCACGCGGAGCUCCCCUCAGACCCCAAACAGCCGUGGAGAGUCACGUCACCUCCCCCCAGAAGCUCUCGCCACAGCCGCGCACGCCCGACAGUGACAUGUACCCGGAGGAGACCCGCAGGGGUGGGGGGGGGGCCGUCGACUACCUGGAGGGAGGGUACGACUACGCCGUCCCUGCCCCGGGCCCGGCCCUUCUCUACAGCCCCUCCACCGCGGCCGCUGUGUACUACUCCGCUGCCCCCCUGGACGCCCAAGGACCCACCUUGGAUGGCAGCCUGCAAUCCCUGGACAGCAGUCCCACCAGCCCCCUGGUGUUUGUGCCCUCCAGCCCCCAGCUCAGCCCGUUUCUCCAGCCUCCUAGCCACCUGGGGCUCCCCAGCCAGCCCUACUACCUGGAGACCUCUUCUACACCCAUAUACAGGUCGAGUGUGGUAACCAAUCAGCAGUCCCAGGAGGAGCUCUGCAUCGGCUCCGACAGGCAGGAGCAUUACACUGUGGCGGGGUCCGGUUCAGGGUCCGGGGUGGGAGACUUUGAGAUGGCCAAGGAGACCAGGUACUGUGCAGUUUGCAGCGACUACGCCUCUGGUUACCACUAUGGAGUUUGGUCCUGUGAGGGCUGCAAGGCCUUCUUCAAGAGGAGCAUCCAAGGUCACAAUGACUAUAUGUGCCCUGCGACCAACCAGUGUACCAUUGACCGGAACCGCAGGAAGAGCUGCCAGGCAUGCCGUCUCAGAAAGUGUUACGAAGUUGGCAUGAUGAAAGGAGGCUUGCGUAAGGACCGCGGUGGGCGGGUUCUCCGGAGGGAUAAGCGGCGUUAUGGCCCUACUGCUGACAGCAGCGUCCUGGAGCAAAGCACAGCGCCCUCUCAGGACAGUAGCAGGAACAGCAGUCUCAGUGCUGGAGGACCAGGAGUCAGGCCCAGGGUUUCCAUGCCACCUGAGCAGGUGUUGUUCCAGCUGCAGGGUGCAGAGCCUCCAGCCGUGUGUUCUCGCCAGAAGAUGGCCCGGCCCUACACAGAGAUCACCGUGAUGACUCUGCUUACCAGCAUGGCCGACAAGGAGCUUGUACACAUGAUUGCCUGGGCCAAGAAAGUACCAGGAUUCCAGGAGCUGUCCCUCCAUGACCAGGUGCAAUUGCUGGAGAGCUCCUGGCUUGAGGUUCUGAUGAUCGGACUCAUUUGGAGGUCCAUCCAUUGCCCAGGGAAACUGAUCUUCGCCCAGGACCUCAUUCUGGACCGGAGUGAAGGGGAUUGCGUGGAGGGCUUCGGUGAGAUUUUUGACAUGCUCCUGGCCACUGUUUCUCGUUUCCGCACGCUCAGAUUAAAGCCGGAGGAGUUUGUGUGUCUCAAAGCCAUCAUCCUGUUAAACUCCGGUGCCUUCUCCUUCUGUUCCAACGUAGUGGAGUCUCUACACAACCGCCCGGCUGUGCAGAACAUGCUGGACAACAUCACUGACGCCCUCAUCUACCACAUCGGCCAAUCGGGAGCCUUGGUGCAGCAGCAGUCCAGACGGCAGGCACAGCUCCUUCUCCUGCUCUCUCAUAUCCGACAUAUGAGCAACAAAGGCAUGGAGCAUCUGUACAGCAUGAAAUGUAAGAACAAAGUGCCUCUGUACGACUUGCUCCUGGAGAUGCUGGAUGCUCACCGGAUCCACUCACCCAGCAAGGUGGAGCAAGCCUGGGGACAGACUAAGGUGGAGCCCCCUUCUACUACCACCAAAGCUACCACCACCCCCUGCACAGGCUCCAACACUGGAAUUAUGCAAGGCAGCCAGGAUACCCAGCUCAAAAGCCCCAAUCCUGGGGUACUCCAAUACGGUGCCCCCCGCUCUGACAGGAGCCCCAUUCAGUGAUCAGUUAUGGGUAUUAGUAGAUUUUAAAGAUGUAAAAGUCCUUAAAUUAGAUAAAGUAUAUCUAGAAAAAUAUUUUUAAAUGUAUGGAGGUGAGAAUGGAUAAAAAAAAUACAAAUUUCUCAUUUGUGAUAUUUGUUUAUAAUUUAAGUGAAUUGUUUUACUCAUGUAAAAUUUUUUGUUAAGAUCUUUUGAACAUUUAGUAGUGUUCACAUUUUGUACAGACUGAAAUGUAUUCACACCAGAUGUUGCCUUUCAUAACAUUUGAAACCUUUGAGUUUUCUAUGGCUUUUGCAAUCGUUUAACUACUGUGCACAAUUGUGCAGCUUUGUGCCAAGUAUUUAGCCAUUGUGUUGUGCACUGUUGGCAGCAUAGUAAAUUUAUAGAGAUGGGCUAGUCAAAGUUUCUCAGUGUGUGUGGACACAAACUAUGCCUUGACCAAAGUGCACUUCUGAAGUUGAGGGAAAUGUGGCCAUUGUAUACCUUCUGUAGCUCAAAAUGUACCGCUGCUUGUCAUACUCUGUCAUACUCGUCAUAUUCUGCUUGUCAUACUCAGGCUGUCAGGGUGGUAUGUUGACGACAAGCCUUUGUUCACAUUGCAACAUAAAGUACAGCUCCAGAAAAAAUUAAGAGACCACUGCACCUUUUUCUUUCCUUUCCAAAAAAGUUG